GACGUUGGAGCACCCGCUGAAGCCCAAGCACUUUUUGCAUUGCCACGGCGACCUUGCUAUGGCACUCUCGGCAAGCCCAUCAAGCUUCUGGCUAACUGCUUCCAGGUGGAUAUCCCCAAGAUUGACGUCUAUCUGUAUGAGGUGGACAUCAAGCCAGAUAAGUGUCCUCGCCGGGUCAACAGGGAGGUGGUGGACUCCAUGGUUCAGCAUUUCAAGGUGACCAUAUUUGGCGACUGUCUGCCAGUUUACGAUGGGAAGAGAAGCCUCUACACUGCUAGCCCACUUCCUGUCGCCACUGGUGGGGUGGAUCUGGAUGUCACCCUGCCAGGUGACGGUGGAAAGGACCGCCCGUUUAAAGUCACCAUCCGCUUCGUGUCGCUGGUCAGCUGGCACAUGCUGCACGAAGUCCUGAACGGACGCGCUGUGGCCGAGCCCGUGGACCUGGAGAAACCCAUCAGCACCAACCCCGUUCACGCUGUGGACGUGGUGCUGCGACACCUGCCCUCCAUGAAGUACACGCCUGUGGGACGCUCCUUCUUCUCCUCCCCAGAGGGCUACGACCACCCGCUAGGUGGAGGAAGGGAGGUGUGGUUCGGCUUCCAUCAGUCAGUACGGCCAGCCAUGUGGAAAAUGAUGCUCAACAUUGAUGUGUCAGCAACAGCGUUUUAUAAAGCCCAGCCAGUCAUCCAGUUCAUGUGCGAGGUCCUGGACAUUCACAAUAUUGACGAGCAGCCCCGCCCUCUCACCGACUCCCACAGGGUCAAGUUCACCAAAGAGAUCAAAGGUCUCAAAGUGGAAGUGACACACUGUGGAACCAUGCGUAGGAAGUACAGAGUCUGCAAUGUAACACGACGCCCCGCCAGCCUCCAGACGUUUCCGCUUCAGCUUGAGAGCGGUCAGACAGUUGAACGCACUGUGGCGCAGUACUUCAGAGAGAAGUACAGCCUGCAGCUCAAGUACCCCCACCUGCCCUGUCUGCAGGUGGGCCAGGAGCAGAAGCACACCUACCUGCCCCUGGAGGUUUGCAACAUUGUACCUGGUCAGCGCUGCAUUAAAAAACUGACAGACAACCAGACGUCGACCAUGAUCAAAGCCACAGCGCGCUCUGCUCCAGACCGACAGGAGGAGAUCAGCCGGCUGGUGCGGAGUGCAAACUACGAGGCAGACCCGUUCGUGCAGGAGUUUCAGUUCCGCGUGCGAGACGAGAUGGCUCAGGUGACGGGCCGCGUCCUGCCGGCCCCCAUGCUGCAAUAUGGCGGCAGGGUGAGCUCUGAACCCUUUAUGCCCCAGGAGAUCAACCCUGCACUGUCGUUGCAGAACCGCACGGUGGCUACGCCCAGCCACGGCGUGUGGGACAUGAGGGGGAAGCAGUUUCACACCGGAGUGGAGAUCAAGAUGUGGGCCAUCGCCUGCUUCGCAACCCAGAGGCAGUGCAGAGAGGAGAUCCUCAAGAGCUUCACAGACCAGCUGCGUAAAAUCUCAAAGGAUGCUGGGAUGCCAAUCCAAGGCCAGCCCUGUUUCUGUAAAUACGCCCAGGGAGCAGACAGCGUGGAGCCCAUGUUCAGACACCUGAAGAACACCUAUGCCGGGCUGCAGCUCAUCAUCGUCAUCCUGCCGGGGAAAACACCCGUCUACGGUACAAAAAUGAACACUUCUAUAAAACAAUAGUCUGUGUGUAUAGAAAAGUGAGAUCUUGACCUCUUGGCCUGACAUCAUGUAGCCUCAAUUCAGUCGUAUGACGUUUGUGAGGCAUGUAAGUUGGCAUGUUUACAUAAGGAUGUGACCAGAAUUUUAGCCAGGAUUGCUGUGGUUGCCGGCCCGGCGUGCUGUGAGGGGCGGGGCUCACACACAGCCCAUGACACAGCCAGGUCAGGACACUCCGCGUGCAGCAGUGUAGCAGCCAAAUGAAUAAUAUAGAGACAAGCAGGAGACAACGUGUGACUUACUCGAGGGGAAUUUGAAGUUAAAUGGAAGUGGUUGCCAAACCUAAUACCACAUCUCCGGUGUGGGAAUAUUUUGGAUUCAAGCCAAAUCAACGAGGCGAACCUACGGACUUGAAUGAGCCGGGCGGUGUGUCGCAUUUGUUUUAAAAAGGUAGCAACAAAAGCUAGCAAUACGACCAACCUUAAAUUGCUCCUGAAACACAACCACCCCAUUCCGUUUUCCCAGCUGGGAGCAAACACGGCAGCUGCAGAUGGAGAGCCCCCACCUUCCCGACAGUUUGCAAUCAGAGAUGCAUUUGCCUGACAAUGCAAACAUGUUGGUGUUCCUUGCUCGAAAUCUUUGCUUGAU